CAUAAAAACUACAUCUCUGGAACGUGUUGGGUGGCUUUUUUAUUCUUGGAUAGAGCCGUUAACUCUUGACGAAAAAGUCCUUACCUGCAGAGAUGUAUUCCAGCCGCUCCCUGAGUGACAGCGCACACAUGCACGGGGAACGCUGCCAGCACUAACAUGACAUGGCACUGCACAUGACUCCUCUGGGAAGGGACAGCCAGCUCCUGCUUGGAAACACCCCCGCUGCCGUCACCCAAACCCUCAUAAAGCUUCCAGAGCAGCAGGGGAGGCUGAGGAGUUGAACUCUGGGCAGGCACAAGGGAGCUCUCUCCUCGGCUCUCUCGGGGUGAGCAAAGGACGGGCAGCUGGGAUUCAGGGGUGGAGCAGCUUAAAAAGAUAGGGCAGAAACUCUCUGAAAAUCUUUAAAAGGCAACGUCCUGUGUCUGUUUGGAGCACGGCUGUGAGCUUUCCUAGGAGUUGUGGUUGCCCUGAGGGCUGUGUGGUGCUUGGCACAGCAGGACAUCCACCGAACGCCACGUCUGGUCCUGUGGCUGUCGACACGGCGUGGCUGACAUGCAGCUUUUUGGGUGACCCGCAUAUUCUUCCUUUCUGAAACACUGCAAGAGGAGCGCUCCCAAGAGGCUUGCUAGUAUCACAAAGAUGAAAAGAGACACUGGAUAUUCCACCAUGGCUGAGCAGCAGAAGCAGGAAGAGAAGCUCUGGGAUGCCAUGAAGAUCACUGCCCGUGUCCUCGGUACAGGCCUGCUCGUAUUCACCGCCUUAGCGAACUUUGGUUUUUGGUACCUGCAGAGUAUCUGGGAUGCUUCAGGCCAUUUCUGGCAAACAACAUGGCUGAAGCUCUACUACCUGUUGGAGGGAGAGGAGUGGACAAUCUUCUUCCUUGGGACUGCACUGGUUCCUGCCCUUGCCUUCUGGGGCUUCAAUGGAAUCCUUAUGGUGGCUGAUGUAACAGGAAAGCCAACUUUCAUUACUCGCUAUCGCAUUCAGCUGGGCAAGAACAAUCCUGUGGACACAAAGAAAUUGCUCCAAGCCGUCUACACAGCGCUGUGUAACCAGUUCUUUAUCUCCUUGCCCAUGUUUGUGCCUAUGUUCUACCUCAUGAAAUGGUGGGGCAACACUUUCAGCAAGGAAUUACCGACCUUCCGCUGGUUUCUUGUGGAGCUAAGCAUCUUCACCUUAGUAGAGGAAAUUCUCUUUUAUUAUACACACAGGCUUGUUCACCUCCCACUCCUGUACAAGCACAUUCACAAGAAGCACCACGAAUGGACAGCCCCCAUUGGCGUGGUCUCCAUCUACGCUCACCCAGUAGAACACAUACUCUCCAACACGCUGCCUGUCAUGACCGGCCCGAUGAUCAUGGGGUCUCACAUCGUUUCAAUCGCAGCGUGGUUCUCCCUGGCUCUCGUAACGACGAGCAUUUCGCACUGUGGCUACCACCUGCCCUUCCUCCCGUCGCCCGAAUUCCACGACUUCCACCACCUCAAGUUCAACCAAUGCUAUGGAGUGCUGGGAGUGCUGGAUUAUCUGCAUGGAACGGAUAGAGUGUUCAGACAAAGCAAAGCCUACCAGAGACACAGGGUCCUCCUCAGCCUGACACCCCUUUCCGAAAGCAUCCCCGAGGUGCCCGGGAGAGCAGAGUGAACCCAGCAGCCCGCAGUUCUUGCAGAGCGAGGACAAUGAUUUAUGCCAAAUAGUGUUUUAAUUGUUCACACACAAAAACCCCCUGAAGCUGAACAUGCUACUUGAAAUGACUGCACUUUUGCUGCUGGUAUUUUCUACUUAAGGCACAAAAAACUACUCUAUAAAGCUAUUUUUAAACAAAGUUUAGACGGUUUUUCUUAAUUACGUGCAGUUCCUUGACUCUAGCUGCGUGUGUGUGAGCCAGAUGUGUUCUGGGCACUUUGCUUUGGGGAGUUCUCAUUAUUAAGGUUUUAACACUUCAGUUCUCACUGACCAUGUUCUGGCCUCUUUCAGCACCCUUGAGAUCUCAAGGGUGCUCUUUCAGCAGCAUUCUAUAGAAAUACCAGCAAGAUGACGGUAACUACAUAUGAGAGGAUUAAAACCACUAUUUUUCUGAGACUCACAACACGUGGAGUAUGGGAUGCAACCCCAAGACAGGUCAGCGGGGCCACAGCUUUAGCAAGGCUCUCCCUGGCACAUGCAAGUGGCCCGAUUUGCCCUGAGCAGUUUUCCUUCCUGCGAGAGGUCAGUCCAGGUCUGAAUUAAAGGCAGUCACGUCCUCAUCUCCGCUCCACAAACUGAUGUCUGCAAACAUUAAGCAAGUUUUCCCCACCAUGGGACAGAGAAGGAAUGCUGGGAGCCGAUGGAGCCCUGGUCCAUCACCUCCUUCCGCUGAGCCUCAUCUCACUCCCACAUGCCCAACAGAGGCACAAACCAAAACCAGUAGCUCUGUACAAUGAUCAGCGAUGGAGAGAGACUUUCCAUGGAAAGAAGAGUCCCUGUAUCACACCCUGCUGUCCUGAGAUCCGUGAAACCCUGUACGGAUGGAUGCAACAAGAAGCAUGCCUACCUUUAUGCACAAGUACUUGCACAACUGAUCUCAAGGGUGCUGCCAGUCUUCUCCAGGAUCAAGUCUGCAAACAUAAUGGCCUUGAGUUGCACCAGGGAAGGUUCAGCUCACACAUUAGGAAAAAUUCUUCACAGAAAGGGUUGUAAAGCACUGGAACAGGCUGCCCAGGGAAGUGCUGGAGUCACCAUCCCUGGAGGGGUUUAAAAGAUGCGUAGACGAUGUUCUUAGGGACAUGGUUUAGUUCCAGUUACGUUGUGGUUGUACUCAAUCUUGAGGUCUCUUCCAACCAAAAUGAUUCUAUGAUUCUAAGUCUAAAUCCUGUCUGGGGGCCUGGGACAAAAGUGACACCUGCCUCUCACCACUGCAGGACCCCUGUCCCACACAACCCCGUGGAGGACCGGACAGGCAGGGCGGACCUGCACUGCACCCACCUGCUCGCUGUCAGCCCAGGAAGCCUCCGGAACCUACAACCCCAGCAGGAUGAACCUGCCCACAGCCCCCCGGGAAGGGCGAGUCAACAGAACAGAAAACCCAACCUGCAUUGUCUUUUGAAGUUUUUAUUUUUAUACAUUUUUUUUUGUAUUAAAAAGGAAAAAGCAUAAUUACCACAAAUUACAAAGGACUAAAGCAUUACUAGAAUAAUGAAUCACAUCAGCCUAGAAAGCAGAUACUCUGAAUAAUAUUAAUGUUAUAAUACAAGCUCUCAUUCAAGUAUUUUACAUUUUUCUCUUUUCCUUUUAUAUGUGAUGAUGAUCCUAGCACAUGAGUCAAAGAUUAUGUACUAUCAACAGAAGAUGGAUCAUGUACAGCGGGCCAUAUUAACAAGAUUUUCCUCCCAAGUGAUACAUGGUCUUGUGAUGAGUCAUUUUAAGUUUGUCUCUACGAUAAAUGCAGCUGAAGAAGGUUGCACACACUUUCUAGUUUUGGGAAACAAGAAGGUUGAGGUUGGGACACACAGGGUUUGAGAAGGGCCAGCACAUCGAACCAUCACCCCUUUUGCUCCAGAGGGCCACCCUCGCCGGGGCGCAGCUCAGCAGGGGGUUCCGAGCCGCAGAUCCAAAGGUUUCUGACCCCAACGGGACGGGGAAGGGCUGGGAGAGGACAAGGGGGCUGCCCCGGGGAGGCUGGAGGGUCCCCGUGGUGCCAAGCAGCCCCCACACGGCGCUGGCACUGGGACAGCAAGCCCAGGGGACAGCGUGGGGACACACGGCUGACCCCAGUAUGUCCCCGCAGGGGCUGGUGUUGGUGCCCAGGGCGCUCCCGGCUCCUCCAGAGCGUCCCACCGAGGGGAUGUGCUUGUCACAGAUACAUCGGUCCUAUGUUCAAGUGUCUGCAGAAAGUGAAACUGUAAACUACUCAUUGAAACGCUGCCCUCCAGCCCCCCGCUCCACGCCACAGAGAUGAACAUUUUCUUUAAAAAAUAAAAAGUCAUUCAUCUAUUAUUCGUAUUGAAACUUUUAAAAGAAAAAAAAAAAAUAA